CAAUGACCUGACAGAGAGACGGCACGGAGGAUACGGCACGGACACAGCGGAAGUUUAGACGGUUGCUCUGGGUGAACGAAGGGAACAUUGACAGCAUCCCAUCAAACAAGAAAUCAUUUUCUCCCCCCAAAUUAACCCAGCCUCCCCCUUUCCCUCACACAUGGCGUCCAACUCUAACAUAGAUAUCGAGGGUGCGACCCAGCAUCUCCGGGACAUCCUCAAGCUCGACCGUCCCGGGAACGGCACCGAUGCGCAAUCCAGUGAUGGCCAGAGAAUGCCAUCUUUUAAUGGAGAGCUGAACGGGUUAUUGGGAGCAGCAGGUCUUCUGGGAAGCACUGAUCGGACAACCAUGUCAGACUCUACCAGACCCAUCUCCACAGACCUCAGCACUGCGCAGGAGUCUCAGAUAAUCUGCCUUUCUGGUGACGAUGGCUCCACCUGUAUCCCCAUCACCUCUAUAAAUGUGGAGAUUGUUGCGAGUCAAGAUUCCAGCAUCAACAGCAAGGCUCGUGGCAGCAACAAGGUGAAGAUUCAACCUGUUGCAAAGUACGACUGGGAGCACAAGUAUUAUUAUGGCAGGCUGAUAGCUGUUUCCAACUCCUUCCUGGCCUAUGCCAUCAGAGGAGCCAACAACCAUGCAAUGAUUCGUGUCCUGAGCGUGGGUUUUGCUGAGCGCUCCCUGCUGAAGGGCUUCACUGGAGCUGUCACAGAUCUGGCUUUUGCCCACCUUGACUCCUCCCUGUUGGGUUGUGUCGAUGAAGCGGGUAACCUGAUGGUCUGGCAGCUCACCUGCACUGGAAGCAAGAUACUUGAUCAGGUGGUGGUUCAUAUCCGACGGCCAGAGGACACACCACUAAACUCCCACCGUCGCCUAAUAUGGUGCCCAUUCAUCCAGGAUGACAAUGAGGACAACCAGGACGACACUAGCCAGACCUUAGCCCUCCUUCAUGAAGACAGGGCAGAGGUGUGGGACCUGGAGGUCUUGAGGGCCAAUAACAGCAGCUGGCCUAUCGAUGCAACAGACCUAAAAGAAGGCCUCAUCACAGUCAAGGGACAUACGCAGCGAGUUAGUGAAGGAGCCCUGUCUCCAGAUGGAACCGUGUUAGCCACAGCCAGCCAUGAUGGAUAUAUCAAGUUUUGGCAGAUAUACAUAGAAGGGGGGCAGGAUAAACCAAGAUGUCUUCAUGAAUUGCGGCCUCACGGAGGACGCCCCCUGUCCUGCCUUCUUUUUUGUGACAACCACAAGAGGCAGGACCCAGAGGUUCCUUUCUGGCGGUUCCUAAUAACUGGAGCGGAUCAGAACCAAGAGUUGAAAAUGUGGUGCACUGUUUCCUGGACGUGUUUACAGACCAUCAGAUUUUCUCCAGAUCUCUUCAACUCCUCAGUUAUGCCCAGUCUGAAAGCCAGUCUGGACCUCUCUUCCGAGUAUCUCAUCCUCACAGAUGUACAGAGGAAGGUUCUGUAUGUGAUGGAGCUGAGGCAGGACCUGGAGAAAGGCAAGGCCACUUUCACAGCGGUAUCAGAGUUUCUACUCACCCACCCUGUGCUCAGCUUUGGGGUCCGGGAUGUCACCCACAGCCGGCUAAGACACACUGAAGUCCUCCCUGCAGAGGAGGAGAGCGAGAGCCUGACAACAGAGGGCACUCAAGGACCCACAGAGUCCAAGUCUGGGAUUCAAAUAAAACUCUACUGUGUUCACACCAAGAGUCUGCAGGAUGUUCAGAUCUGGUUUCAGCCCAACUUGGGUUCCAGCUCUGCAGUCUUCCUGCCCCACUCUGAUUCUCAGGAUGGUUUUGGGUUUUCAGACCAUCUCACAGACCAGAGCUCUGACAAGGAAUCAGGAAAUGGCUCUCAAACAGACCUCAGGAAGAUCCCAUCGCUUCCUGCUCCCACUGACUUCCUGUCAAAUUCUGGUACCAGUAGCGGAGUGAUGCCCAAACUGAUGACUCCAGAUGCUUUCAUGACACCAAGCACUUCGGUUCCAGCAUCUCCUGGCAGCAGUGCCAGCAGUCUGACCAUUGUGACAGCGAUUAGCAGCAACUCUGACUCCACUAACAGGGCUAUGGACGAUGUCAGUCACAGUCCCAACAGAGCAGAGAACAACAGCAGUAGCAGUCUAGCACUCUCCACUUCUGCCAGCAGCCCAAGAGCUGCAUCUGCGGUGCUGCUGCCUGGACUGGAGAACCUCCAGGUAGGACCCAACUCAAUCUGCAACUUCUACAAACUUCUUUAUACUCUAAAUUACAUAAUACAUUUUUUUCAUUAUACUGCUCUUCUCCGUCUCCAGGUUUUAGCCUCCCCCAGUGGUCCGCUUUCACUUGAUGCACCUCAGGUUCUGGAUUCUCCCCUCCUGCCACCUCUGGCCUCUCCAACCAGAGCUCGCUCCCCUGACGUCAUCUCUUCAGCCUCCACAGCCAUGUCCCAGGACAUGCCGGAGAUUGCAUCCCAAACCCUGCAGCUUCAGCGUGGACUGGUGUCCAGCUUGGAGGCCUCACCUCUGUCUGCUCUCCAAACAGACAGCAUGGCGUCUGCUGCAUCUGCCCUCCACCUACUCACCUCACCACGCACAGCCAACAACAACAGCCUGUUGCCCCUUGAACUUGGAGGUGCAGAUGGGCCAGUGGGCGGGGCAGUAGAGUCCGAGCCCAGACUCAGCAACACGCCAUCUCUUCUUGAGAACGCAUUAUCACAGGAGAACCCUGGGGUUGGAGGAGGGUCCUCAGAUGGCAGCGUUAGCCACACACCUUGGCCGGCUGCACCUGACAUCACCAGAGAAACCAGGAACAGUCUCAGGGACAAUGGUCUGAGUGACUGUUCAAGAGAGGAGUCGAAGGACAGACACUUGAGCUCCCCCUACCAUCGACGCUCCUAUCACCUCACACAGAACGACAGUCAGGAUGCUGGUGCAGACCAGAGUGACCCUGAUGAUGAAGUGGCCAGCCUGGCAUCAUCCUCAGGGAAUUGUGGCGCUCGCUCCUCUCAUAGAUUACCCGUUAAGGACUGGAAAACCUCGCCACGAAGCUCGCCAAAACUUAAGAGAAAGACCAAGAAAGAUGACAGUGAGUCCUCUCAGUCCAGGCACUUGGACUCUGGUCAGAUGAAUGCAGAAGUACAGGACGAGUUGUUGAUGCUCCUGCGUAGCCAGCAGAGGGAGUUAACUGAACUGCGUGGUCAGAUUGAAGCCAUGCAGAGCUCCAUCAUGGCUCAGGUUGAGCAUGUCCUGACAAACCAUCAGGAACAAGAACAGCGCAGACUAGAGCGAGUUCUGGCAGAGAGUCAGAAUCAUCAGCAGCAGCUUCAGGAUCAGCUCAGCCAGCAGCUCAGCCACACCCUCAGCUCGGUGUUAACCAACAGAAUGGACAAAGUUCUACGAGAUGAAAUGAAGAAAACAGUCCCGCAAACAAUCUCCAAGAGUCUCGAGCCAGUGACCGGUCAGCUGAAUAAUACAAUUGCUGCAAAGCUGACCGCUGUGGAGGUCACCCUGAAGGACAAUGUCAGCAAGGUGGUCAAAUCUAAGAACACAACGGACGCAAUGGGCCGAGCAGCAGCUGAAGCGAUGCAGGGGCCAAUCCAAACAGCCUAUAAAGAUGCUUUCCAGAGCACCGUGCUGCCAGUUUUUGAAAGAGGCUGCCAGUCCAUGUUUCAACAAAUCAACGACAGCUUUAAGCAAGGCACACAAGAAUACAUCCAACAGCUUGAGACCCAUAUGAAGAACAGAAAGCAGAGGGAGCAGGAGGCACGGGACCCCAUGAUUGGCCAGCUCCAGCAGAUGAUCGACGGCUUCCAAAGCUCCUCUGAUCAGCUGGCCAAUAACAUCACAGCUAACGUCCGGGCAGAGGUCCAGCAUCAGAUCCAGAUGAUGGUGGGAAAUUUGCAGGAGUCUAUUCUUAGCCAUGUGCAGCGAAUUGUCAAAGGGGAGGUGAGCCUUGCAAUGAAGGAGCAGCAGGCGGUGGUCACCUCCAGUAUCAUGCAGGCGAUGAGGUCAGCAGCCGGCACACCCGUCCCCACAGCACACCUCGACUACCAGACACAGCAGGCAAACAUCCUGCAGCUCCUCCAGCAGGGCCAGCUCAACCAGGCUUUUCAGCAGGCCCUGUCAGCAACAGAUCUGAACUUGGUCCUGUACGUGUGUGAGACCAUCGACUCUCAGCAGGUGUUUGGUCAGCACCCCUGCCCUCUCAGCCAGCCAGUGCUGCUGUCACUCAUCCAGCAGCUGUCCUCCAACCUUACAACCCGCUCUGAGCUCAAAAUCAGCUACCUGGAGGAUGCAGUGAUGAACCUGGACCAUGGUGACCCCCUGACAAGAGACCACAUGGCCGCCGUGCUGGCCCAGGUCAGACCGAAACUCUUCACCUUCCUGCAGCAGGAGCCCCACAGCCCACUCAACAAGAGGGCGCGGCGCCUGAUGAUGAUGCUGCAGGGUCUCGUCAACCACUAGUCCGUCAUCUAAAGUGUGGUGCAGAGCAGCCGUUUCCUCGUAGAUACCGAUCAUGAGUUAAUUUUUGUUGUCGAAUGUUUUUAGAGGAGAGGGCAGCAAGGACAGCUUCAGCUCUGUUUGAGCGGUUUCUUGGAGCUUGCAGAUGGGAUGUGCUGUUUGUUGGAGGCGGAGGAUGAAAGCUCCUAAAUGACUCAGUUUGAAACCUCUGACUUGGUUCAAGAAAGUUCCUGCCAGCCCACCUGUCCCUCAACACAACCCUUAAUCCAGCUCUUUCUCCCACCGUUCCCAUUCCUCCCCCUGCUCGUCCUGCACCAGUGUCAAGUUAGGUUAUAGAAACUGUUUUUGUUGCUCACUUUGUUUUUGUCCUGGACAGACCUUCAGUGGAAGAUAAUAAUGGUCCAGAUGACUUAGAAGUUCACUGUAGAUUCUUCCAGACUUUUGUUACUGCUGCUUUUCCCCCCCAAACAAGAGGCAUCACGGUUGUCUCUCAUCCUUUUAUCCCUUAGAAACGACAGCCAGUGAGAGUUCUGGUCGUCCCCGUCUCCCAGACACAUCAUACCUGACACCCCUUUCAUGUCACUUCAUCCAAAUGUGCAUAAGACUCAAAGAAUGUUCAGCUCAGUGGUUUACCAGACCAAACAUCGCCAUUUCUUUUGUUCUACUCAUGUUCCUUUGACCCAUCAGUCAGAUAUGUUUUUUCCCAUGCUUUUGGGAUACUAAACAGCAGAAGGAACAAAGUUAAAGAAGACAUGUUUCGCCUCAAAAUGUCGCCUUGUAUUUUGGCCUUAAGAGAAAAACAGCAGGCUUGGACACAUUUCUUUUUUUAAAUACAGACCAGCAUCCUCGCUUGAGCCAACUUGGAAUUCAGUUGCUGCAGGAUUACGCUGCCCUCAGUUUAGUUUUCUCAAACAACCAAGCUUAUCCCGGCAACCAGAAGUAUGUAACACCCGAAGCCAUUUUCUGUUGGUUGCAUAUUUGCUUUCAGUUACUUCUUAAUAGGUUGGAGACGACAACCUCGCCAAGCCAAAUGUUUGUCAGUGCUUUGAGAGGAUCAACACGUUGUUGAACAUAAAGUUAAUGGAAUUUGAUCCCAUGUUUGAAGCAUUCAGGAUGAAAAGCAUAUCUCGUUAUAGUUUUUCCAUCUGGCCUUGUUUCCACAAAUCAUUCUAAUGAGCCAUUUGGAAAAAUACAAACAAGAUUAAAGGAUGAGAAAUACCAUUUUUCAGAUGUAACAGAUAUUUGUGAAGGUCUCCAGGCUGAAAAGAAUUCCCUUGUAAAAUCAGAAAUGUUUGGAGCCCGACAGCGAGUUAGGCAGCCGUCCAUGUGUACAGCUCUGUCCUGUAAAUGAUGAGACCUCUCCCCAUGUUUUCUUCUGUAUGUCAGCCCCCUUUUUUAUAUAAACAUUUAGUAUUUGUAAGACUUGUAUACAUGCUUUAAGAUUCAUCAAACUAGUUAUAAUACAUGAUAAAACACUUCCGAAACAUAAUUGUUACUGAUGAUGUUAUUUUAUCAGGCUAUUCCAAAUAAUGUUUGUAAACUUAAUGUGCAGGUACUUCUCAUAGGCUGUAGGAGGCAGCACUUAGUUGGACUGCAGUUAUUCACCCUGCUUGUUGUUUAGGUUUCGAAUUAAUAUCAUUCAUUCCUGCUCUUACAGUAAACACUGAAAAGCCCACCUUUAGGUUGUAAAUGCACCCUUUGUUCAUCUUUAAAGUGUAUGAUAAGUUGUGUACAGCCCAAUUACACACAUCAUUGUUUCAUCGCAGGGUGGCCGCCCUGUUCCGCUGAUUGUAAAAUAAAAGUUCUGUUCAUUUGACCUCUGUGUUUAGAAUCUGUGAAGUUGGAUCUGUCUAGCAAGUGCCUUAUAGCAUUCUCCAUGAUUUAAUUUAAUUUGAUCCCAAGCAUUCUCAGAUAGCGGUUCCAUUUAACUUCAACAAGCAUUUAUGUCAUGAACGCUCGUGUGUGGCUGGUUCUGAAGUUAAAGCUCUCGCAGCACAGCAGAGGAGGAUCUGUACGUUUUGUUUGCAAAUAUUUGGCUACCAAGACAGUUGAUUUGGACAGAUAUUUGAAUGCUCAUGUACCAGAGAGAGGAGAACUAUUUUGAGCACCUUCAGCUUUCAGUUGCAGACCCUGGUUUAUUGUCCUCAGAGUUGAAGGACAGGUUGACUCCCACUUGACCCUGAGGUGGGAGCUGUGCGUGAGAAACGUGACCGAGGCUACAGUGUAUGUCAUUUUUUUCUCGACUUUGUGUUCCUCUGCUUGGACAGUUAUGUUGUGUAUCUUUUACAGUUUCUUUUACCCUAAACAUUUUUGGAAUAAAAAGACUUGCUCAA